GAGGAAAAUCAACAAACCAUCAGUAAGGAACUUAAAGUAACAGAAGCAAGAGAUUAUACAGUGAUAGUAGAAACAGAUUGGCUAGCUAAAAGAAUGACUUAUAUCAAUAGACAACCAACACCUUUGGAUAGAAGGGGUAAGGAGCAAUCCAGAAGACCAGGAGGCUUUAAUUUAAGUGACAAUGAAGAAGAGUAUGAACCUGAUGAGAUAAUAGAAGAAAAAAGUUAUAUAGAGCAAGAUAAUAUGGAUGAAUCACAUAUUGUCAAAAUUGAAAAAAACUGUAUCAGCAUAGAAAAGAAAGAAAAAUCUAUAGAAAAGUAUAGGCAAAUUAGAAGGAAGAUUCAGGCAGAAUAUGAAAAGAUUGGUAAAGAAUUAGAAAAUUUGAAUAAGCUGUAUUUAUAUAGAAAAUCCAUAAAUCAAGAA